AUGGUUAGAAUAGUGCAUCAGGAAGCACAAAUAGUUUUUUUUUGUGUUCUUUUAACAUGUGAAGGUCAAUCAACAACUUCAUGUAAUGCAACAUUGUGCUCAUCGAAAUCGUCACCACGAUGUUCAAUGAAUAUUGAUUGUGAAUGUUUUUCGUUACCAAGUAAUCCAGCUUCGGGAAUCUGUGCUGUUGCCGAUCUCUCAUGUUCAAGUGUUGUACGAUGUAAUCCAGACGGUAUAACAUGUUCAAUGCCGAAUACAGUCUGUGUCAAUAAUACACGUUGUCAACAACCCGUCUGUUAUCCAUCGGCUUUAGCUAACACACAGAUAUGUCCACCGGUAAUGCCAGAAAAUGGUGUCUCGAUAGCUACGCAAUCGGGUAGUUUUUUGGUUCCAUCAACAUGGAGCAGCUUAUUAUCUCCUGGUGCUGGUACAACAGUUGUUAUACCUGCUGGUAUUACAGUUACAUUGAAUUCUACAAAUCAAUUGUCAUUAAGUGGUAUAACGAUCCUUGUCUUUGGUCAACUACGUAUUGGUGGUGGUAGUCCGUAUACAUCGUAUACAUUUGUCUAUCCAGUGAAUAUCUAUGUGUAUAAUGGUGGUAUAGUACAAGAUUCAACAAGAAAUCGUAGUGGAAUCUAUUUUAACGUCAAUUCAUCGGUCAUCAUAUACAAUGGCGGUUAUUGGAUAACACAAGGACCGAGUUAUAUUUAUAUUUAUUAUCUACAAACAAGUGCUAUUAGAGGAAUAUUACAAUUAAAUAAUAUAGUGGGACCAUACAGUUUAACAAUAACAUACAGUGGACAAAUAUAUAAUAAUGGUUAG